AUGGCUAUCAUUGAAAUUCCUCAAAUAAGGGCAGAGCAACUUUCGAGUCAGACAACUGCUCUAGCAUUAGUUUUUGUAGUCCUUGUGUGGGUAUUAUACUGCUUCAAGAAGAAUUCUAAGUUGCCUCCAGGGCCAACCCCAUGGCCAAUUAUAGGAAACCUCCAUCAGCUUGGUAGGCUUCCACACCGUAAUUUAUACGAGCUCUCAAAAAAAUAUGGACCUGUGAUGCUCUUAAGAUUCGGGCCUAAGCCCUGUGUUGUGGUCUCUUCUUCUGCCAUGGCGAAGGAGUUUUUGAAAACUCAUGAUUUAGUGUUUGCCAACAGACCCCGUUCUGCUGCUGGAGAACACAUUGCUUACAACUAUAAGAACUUGGGUAUGUGCUCCUAUGGGGUUUACUGGAGACACAUGAGAAAGAUAUGUGUGAUAGAGUUGCUGAGUGCAAAGCGAAUUGAGUCUUUUCGGUUUACAAGGGAGGAGGAGAUUUCUCUGGCUGUGAAGUCUGUUUGGGAGAGAAGCAAGCAGGGGACUGUCACUGUGAAUGUUAGCAAGACUUUGUUGGAGAUCACCUCUGCUAUAAUUUGGAGAAUGCUGACUGGGACAAGAUUUGCUGAUGAUGAUGUGAGUGGGAGUGGUGGUGACCUCAGAGAUAUGGUGAGGGAGAUUACCAGCACUAUGGCUGAUGUUAACAUUGGGGACCUUUUUCCUUACAUAGAUUGGAUGGACCUGCAAGGUAUCAAGAAACGGAUGAAGAAGGCACACAAUUUUUUUGACGGGAUUGCUGAGAGAAUUAUUGAUGAACAUGUUAAGCAGAGGAGAAGGGCUUUGGAUGAGAACAGGGAGUGGACUAAGGAUAUAAUUGAUGUGCUACUUGAUGUUGCAGAAUCGCAGACUUUGGAGAUCGAAAUCACAAGAGAAAAUAUCAAAGCCAUUCUCUCUGAUCUGUUCAUUGGUGGAAUGGAGACAACGACAACCACCUUGGAAUGGGCAAUGACGACACUCAUCAGACACCCCUUGGUAGCCGUGAAACUGCAGGAAGAAAUUGAUUCUGUAGUAGAGAAAGACCGCAUGGUAACUGAAUCUGAUCUACCCAACAUGGACUACUUGCAAUGUGUGCUUAAAGAGUCCCUGAGACUGUACCUGCCAGGGCCAUUGUUGCUCCCACAUGAAUCUAGCCAAGCUUGCACUGUAGGACCACAAGGAUAUGUUAUACCUGCAAAGACAAAGCUUAUUAUCAAUGCCUGGGCCAUUGCAAGGGACCCAACCGUGUGGGAAGAUGCUGAGGAAUUCAAACCUGAAAGAUUCAUGGGCAGUAAGACUUUUGAUUACCAAGGGCAGGAGUUUGAUAUGCUGCCUUUUGGGGCUGGGAGGAGGAGAUGCCCUGGUGGGCAUAUGGCCAUGGGGCAGAUGUCCCUUAUUAUAGCUCAGCUCUGGCACUGCUUUGACUGGAGAGUUGAAGGCAAUGCUGCUGAUUUGGAUAUGACUGAAGAGUUUGGAGCCACAGUGCCAAGAAAAUUCAAUCUUUUUGCCUUCCCUUCGCUGAAAUUGUCUACAAGCUUCUAG